AUGAUACAAAAUAAAUCCAGUAAUUUAUUUUCUUUAUUUACAGACCACAGUAUCUGCUCAGUCUUAUCUGGACAGAACAAAAGGGCUGCUUUGCAUUACACAGAUGAGGGCCAGUUGACUCCUAAUGCAUCUCUGUUAAAGACACACAGAGAUGGCGAGCGUUUCACAGAGGGCGGACACUGUGGGAGCACAGAGGGGCACGAUUCCACAGACAGAGACAAGGCAGAUGAAGGAUCUGAUAAGAGAGAAGUAAGCAGGCAGGAAACAGUGAGCGUUGUGUGUAACAAAAGAGUUACCCGCAGCGAGGAGCGACAGGGCAAGAUACCUGGCAAAGACAAGGAAACCAAAGGGGUGGCUCGAGUCAGAAGACAGUACAGAAAAAGACAGGCUUCAGACACACAAGAUAAGUUUAGCAGGGGCAGUCGUCAGGCUGCAGGGAAGAGAGAGAAGGGAGAUGCUACAGAUUUGACAGACGCACAUGAAAAUAAAAGCUUAGUCCUUCAGAACACCAGAUCUGGGUUCAAAGAGACUGCAGGCUCUACACUUGUAGUGAAAAGUGAAUUAAAGCACAUAGAGACAGCGAGCAAAGAGCCAGAGAGGCCCCAUGAAACCGGAGUGAGGUGUAUAGAGCAGGAGUUGGCAGAGAGCCUCCAGGGAUUAGGAGGCCGGGCACCACUGGAGUCGCUGUGCAACACGACCCAGGAUUUCUGCACACAAUCCACUCCCAGGCAAGCCAGGAGGCAUGCCCAGAAUAAACUGAACAAAAGAAAGAAACCCAGAGCGGAACAUUCCUCUUUCAGGGAGUCCAAACAGGAGCCCGGCUGUGUUGAAAGUUCAGAAUUACACAAAACAAACGCCACGGCUUUGCAGUUUGAAGUCUCCACUCCGGCAGAGCAAAAUAGCGCAGGCUGUGAAAGCACCCGAACAGAGCAGGUAGCCGAGGGUGUGAAUCUCCUCGCAAAAAACAAGAGGCAGCGCAGUGCUGACCAAACAACGAGACAGCCGAAGGGCUUGAUCUCAGGGUUAGAAGCAGAACACUGCGCUUCACGUGACAAAACCAACAACCAACCAGAGUGUCACCCUGAAGGAAUUAAAGUGCAAAGAUCAGCUAAAGGUAGAAGAGUCCGGGCUCCUUCUCAUCUGAAAAAGAGAAGAAAGGCACGUGGAGGAACCCGCUGUGGGCCGGGGCUGUAUUGCAUACACUGUGGUGCUGAGUUACUGCCCGAUAUUCAAGGAGUGCUAGUCAGAGCUGCCUGUCGCAGUGAGGGAGUUGUGAAUGUGCUGAAGACCUGCUCUGGAAGCGGUGAGGCCCGGGCCUGGUGUGGCUGUGCGUCCGGCCGCACAGAUUCAGAACUGGAAGACAACAGCACGCUACUCCUGCUUGAAACCAACCCGGGACUCCAGCACCUGAAACACAACCUGCAGGUGUAUGAAGUACCCGGGACCGCCAGGCAGAGCAUGCAGACUGGCUUAUCAUUAAAUGCCAUCUGGAAUUCAAAGGACUGUUCUGUUACCAGCUACUUCCAGUGCCGAAGCUGUUUGACAAAGGAACAAGCCCACUGCUAUCUGAUGGGGGCUGAAAUACUAGACCUCCGAGCCAAUGCAAAACAGCAGAUUUGGUUGAUCCCGUCAGCUGUUCAGUUCUGCUCCAGCGUUGGCGUCCCUUGUAAACAAACCAGCCUUUAGAGAAGGAUAGGAGCUGAACGCACAUUCAGUAUGGGGCAAAUCCCUGCAACUGUUCACGCUGGUGUUAAUGCUGGAUUGGAAAUAUAACCCAGUUGAGGGGUUCAGGGCUACAAUUAAACAGUGCACACGUACUUCAAGAAAAUCUAUUUUAACAGCCAUUGUAAUUAAAUGUAAAAGGAAUGCAUUAAGGGCUUGUAUCAAAGCUCUCAGCUUCAAGCAAAAAUGAGUUUGACAUGCAUCUAAACAGUGGCAAGCUGUAAAGAAACACAACAGAAAUGGGAGGGUGAAGUACCGUAAGCAUGUUGAAAACACGGAAUACUGUAUGUUUUACAACAAAGAUGUAAUACCAGCGUAUUAAACUUCUGUAUUAACACAAAUAUUCCUUUUCUUUGUGACUGGGAAGCCUAUAUAUGAAAUAUUGUCAGUGUGGUUUACGGCUGAAAGCCAGUGACCAUGUAGAAUCUGAGAACGCCUUGCAGAAUUUCUUGGCUGCGCAUUUGUUUGGUAGGGAUUUCACAGUACAAGUGUAUCAGAAGAGAUGGAUGGUAAUCGGAUCGCUUGAAGCAAGCACUGGUCUUUUAGACAAACCCUAAACAUUUUCUUGUGUCUGUGUUUGCUUAUUGCAUUAACAUUUCCAGAAGCAAAUCCCUUCAGGCUUGUUUCUUGUGUACAUUAUCCCCCUGCAAUGCAUCUGUCAUGCAACCCGGGGAGAUAUUUCAAGAAUAUAACCAGCCAUGGAUCUAAAUGCCAGAACUCUAGUAAUCCUGUAUCUGACCCUCCCAUUUAAAUCCAAUAUUAAAAUAUCUGAAGGUGGUCGGAACGUUGAGCAGAGC